UGAACAUGUAAUCGCUGUUAAACAUUUCUUUAAAGACAGAGGAGGAGCCUGCAGUCUUACCGAUAUAAAGAGUCCUUGCAUCAGACUAAACAGAAUAAACAGUGACUUACAAUCUGGGGAGAGAUUUAGAAGAUGACAAUGAUAUUAUUUUUGGUGGCACUUUUCCCGGUUGUACUGGGCAGUGACUGUAAGUUCAUGCAGUUUGACUGCUCUGACGUCUACAACUCAGGACAGACGGCCAGCGGGAUCUACUCCAUCUAUCCUGCAGGAGAUGUUCCUGUCUGGGUUCACUGUGACAUGAUCUCAGAUGGGAAAGAUGAAGAUAAAGGAGGAUGGACGGUGAUUCAGAGGAGAAUGGAUGGCAGCGUGAAUUUCUAUCGGCCGUGGGAUCAGUACAAGAGAGGAUUUGGGAAUAUAGAGAGUGAAUACUGGCUGGGGCUGGAGAACAUGUAUCAGCUGACACGAAACGGGAAGUACAUGCUGAGAGUGGAUCUGGAGGACUUUGAAGGAAGGAAGGGUUUCGCUCAGUACUCGUCUUUCUCUGUGGAUUGUGAAUGUUCUGGAUAUAAACUACAAGUUUCAGGGUUCACUGAUGGAGGAGCAGGCAACUCUUUGAUUGUCCACAACAAUCAGAAAUUCACAACGUUUGACAAGGAUCAAGACGGCCAUGCUGAUAACUGUGCUAGAAUGCGUCUCGGGGGGUUUUGGUACGCAAGCUGUCUGGAGGCAAACCCCAACGGUGUGUACUUAUGGGGAAACGAUAACACUAAUUCCGCCAUUGGUGUUGUCUGGUCGACCUGGAAAAACAAUUUCACUUACAGUAUGAAGUCUAUUAGCAUGAAAAUCAGACGUGUAUCUUAGAGACUUUAAUGAUUCCAGGAGCUAUUGGUCUUAUAAUAUAUGCUUUAUAUCAUACCUGUGCUAAAGAGUAAAUUAUGUAGGUCAGGGUGACUUUAAUAAACUCCAGCACUGAAAGCA